AUGAGCUUGACGAGAUCGACACAGUCCAGCUUGUGCAGCUCGGUCGACGUGAAAAUGAGGUCGAACUUGACAUCUCCAGUCGACCGUUUGAUCAGCUCCGACCCGGACGAAAAUGCAACCACGUCGCACCCCAGACGGCCCAGGUUUUUCUCGAUCGAGUACCGGUGGAUGGGAAUCGGCUCGCACAGCAGCACGUCGAAGUUGAUCAUCAUGUUCUGGAUAGCGUCGGCUGUUUCGUUGGUGGCCGACGAUGUGCGUGCCAUGCGUUUGGACGAGCGCUUCUUGCGCAGCCGUGUCUGUCCCACCCGGUCCUCGUUAUCUGAGGACGACGGCGAGAAGUCGCUCAUAGUUCUGGAGAACGACUUGGACAGCAGCCGCAAAGCAGGCGAUCCGGCUUCUGUGCUGUACCCUUUCUUGUGCAACGGCCGUGCAACCGGCGAAAGGUGA